UGCUGGUCUGUCCAGAAAUACUGCUUCGCCAUCGGAACUCAAACUCAGCGGCAUUACUCUCAGCGGCAGGUGGCAAACCGGAGUUAAAACAAUCAGGUGGCUUGGGUUUUAGAUCCGUGAUGAUACUGUUAUUAAAGAAGCCACUAACAAAACAAACCAAAUAAGCGAUGGAUGACGACAUGCCUCUCUCAGUUCAAGUGGUGCACCACUCAACAGUUCAACUGUUUUCUCAAAACAGUACAGGACGUUUAAUACUUACUGUUCUGAUAGAUUACGUGGAAGAACCCAACUCUAUAAUACAUUGUGGGGCAGGUGACUCAGUCAUCCUGCCGGGCAUGAUUGGUGAUGGCACUGCAGUAGCCAUCAAAAAGAGCCCUAUGACUGAAGAAUCAAUCAAUGAAAUGACAACACUUCAUGACUUAAAUAACUCCAGCAUUAUACAAUAUAAAUUUAGUGCUAGUUGUUCAGGCUUCACAUAUCUCGUUAUGGAGCUUGUAGAACAAACACUAGAGAAAAACAUCAAGAAUUACUCCCCAAAGGAAAGGAAACAAAUUCUGAAGACCUUUCUGCACGGGUUAUCUUACCUUCAUGAGAAGAAGAUUAUUCACGGUGAUGUUAAACCUCAGCAUGUUCUAGUGGACAAAAAUGCAACUGCCAAACUAAUUGAUUUCAAAAAGAGUAAAGGAGUGGAGGAUGGUGAUAUCAAGAUCCAAGAAGAAAUCAAGAAAGCUGCUAAUGUGGCAUAUUAUAUCCUCUCUGGUGGAGAGUCUUACCCUCAGUCUGACGGUGAUGGCAGCUGGAGUAACAAGUGCCUCAUCCUGGACCUCAUUGAGGGCAUGAUCCGCUCAGGAAGUCUGGAGUAUGCUCUCCACCACCCCAUCUUCUGGUCCGAGAUCCGACAGACGUGGUACCUGCAGGCUGUGGGGAACUUCAUAAUUCAUAGUAAAUAUGACGAAGGGGUCAAACGGAAACUCAUCAAAGCAUCCAAGGGCAAGUCUUUCAUGACGUGGCGACAACAGGUGGAAAAAGAUUUUGCUGGGCUUUUGGAGGGCAUGGAUAAGUAUUUGAAGACCCCCUACCCGGACAAUACAUGGGGGCUUCUGCGCUUCAUACGCAAUGUGUACCAACACAGAGCUGAGCUGGCCCUGUCCAUGAAGUUCACCUCACCUCACCUGACCUCUUUGAGACCGUCUACUUAUUUGCUGAGGAGAUGGGCUGGAACUCCAGGAGAUCUCUACAGGACAUCUUCACCGAAUGGGAGAGUCUUUGGCGUCACUGUGUUAUGACCUCUAUGUUUUACUGUCAUUUUCCCUGUUAAACACACGGGUUUUAAUCUGUUUAAGAGAUUUGAGAGAGAACUUAUUUGUGAAUUGGUAAAAAUAUAAUUUUGUGACUUGUAGAGAAUUUCUUUGGUCCAUUCAUCCAUUUCACAGCUGGCAUUUUCAAAUUAUGUAGAAAAAGGUAACGAUGCCAGAUUUUGCCCAAACAGAAAUGAGAGUUUUCAGAACAAAACCUCGUAUCUCCAUUUGUGAAAACGCCUGUUGUCCUUUAUAUUGUGUGUAAAUUUC